CUUCAAGGGAAAAAAAAAAUUUCAAAAUUCUUUGAGUUUCCUCUAUUAAAUGCAUAUCAUUAUAAGGUCAAUAACAGUUCAUGUCCUCAAGCUCCCUCUGAUAAAGGUGAGAUAAGUGUCAGUAACAGCACGAACCCUCGUUUGAUCCAGGAAAUAGGAAAUUGGUGCUUAAAAACUUUAAAUGAUUUUCAAAUUUUUUUUCGGCUUUUUUUCACUUUAAACAAGGCGAAAUGUCAAAGGAAGAGAUCAAUUUUGACGAUCUAAAAGAAGUACAAGCAAAAUCACCGUUCAAGAGCCUCAAUAUACAAGAUGAUGAAGUAUUGUAUAAAUGCACAGAAAGAGUAGCUUGUUCAACCUGUAAAAGACCAAUGAAGCAUUAUUGUUACUACUGCUAUACAGUGUUGGGAAUGGAUCGUUGUGAGAUCCCUUUUGUCAAACUUCCAGUCACUUUAGAUGUGAUUAAACACGAGAAAGAAUUGGACGGUAAAUCAACUGCCCUACAAGCGAAAAUAUUGGCUCCGGAAGAUGUUCAAGUAUACGGAUGGAAUAGUAUGCCCAAGUACAGCAAUCCAGAUAGGAUUCUUUUGUUAUAUCCAGGAGAGGAUGCUAAAAGGCUAAAUGAAAUACCAAGGGAUUCCUUCGAUCACUUAAUUGUGAUUGAUGGUACUUGGAAACAGGCGAAAAAGAUGGUUCGAGAUACACCAAUAUUGCAGAAAGUGCGGAAGGUGACAAUUGAGCCUAGAUCUACGUACUUCUGGCGUUUUCAAAAUAUCAGUAUCAAUUACUUGGCUACCAUUGAGGCAAUCUACUACUUGUACGUCGAAUUUGCACUGGCUUACGAAGUGGAAAAUCAGAAAUAUGAUGGCAGAUAUGAUAACCUACUAUUUUAUUACAAGUAUUUAUAUGAUCUGAUUCAAUACAGCUAUAUAAGAGGUCAGCAUAAAGACAAAAUUUUCUGUUGGCGACACAGGUCAAAUUACAUAAAAGAAAGUAAAGAUUGAAGCAGUUACAGUGUAGCAAAUUUGUGCACUUCCAUCCUUGCUAUAAAAUGGUAGUCUUUCUUAUAUAUGUAUAUAUGUGUAUAGCAAUCAAGUUGCUGGCUUAGAGUUUGGGUUAGCAUGUUGCCAUGAUCGAACCUUUUGAUGGUAAUACAACGGCCAAAGAAGCUUAGGCCAUCGAGAAUCCAGUGCCAAGGAUUUUAUUUACAAAAAUAAUAGAUUGGUAACGGUUGAGGCACAGAAUUUGACUCCUGUUAAUUGUAGUAUUUGUGAUAUUCCUCGAGCUUCACUAUUCAGAAUAAAUGAAAAGAAUAACGCAAGAAG